GCACGGUUAAAGUGAAGUUUGUUUUUAUCGUUUUUUUACUUAACUUGUACAUGGCUGGAAUUAUUCUAAUUGAUUAUGUAUUAAAUUCAUUUUUUAAGUUGCUUUACUUAAAUAAGUUUUACUAAGCUUAAACUUUAAUGUUGAUUACUGGAUGCAUUGUUAUAUUGGAUUGGUCAGAUUUCCAGCCAUGUAAUAUUUAGUCCGUGUACAAUUAACACCAAAAAUGAAAGUGAUAAUAGCCUUAAGUAUGUCCAAAUGACCAUUUGAAAAUGUUAGCUUGUGUGUGUCAACCAAUGGAAACGGCUUUAUUGUUUAACGGAGGACCUCCUGUCAGUAUGGGCCCACUCGGCACCAAUGGUAAAUUACGUCAUCAUACGACCGAUGUCAUGAAGACCAUUCAACUAUUACCCAAGUCGAAACAUAGUUUCUGUACCAAUACAAAAGAUAAUUCUGUCGCCUUAACCACAGUACCAUCAUUCAUGGAUUCAUCGGGGAACCUACUUAAUCUAAGAAAGAUUGAACGCAAAACUAAAUCAACGAAAAUAUUAGUAAAUCCGGUUUGUUUAGAUAGCGUUAGUAGCAGUGAUGAUAGUCACAGAUCAAAGUCGGGAGUUACUAAAUGGAAUGGUAAAAAGAAACGAUUGAAGGCAAAAGAUAUUAAAAAGGAUGAAAACACACGAAACGAUUCGGAAAAAGAUGAGACUAAAAGUAAAGAUGAGACAAAGAAAGACAAAAAGACAAUAUCUUGUUUUAAAAUUAAAACAUCUGACGAUAAGUCACCAGACGACAAAACAGUGGAAUACUACGUAUCAAAAAAAGACAAUUGUGUUGUUAAUGUUAUUGAGCCAGAUGUUAUAAAUCAUACAAGAAAACAACCAAUAGAACAUAUCACUGCUGAUGAAAAGGCAAUAGUUACAACUAACCAGUUAGAUGUUAAAGCAAGUAGCGGUGAGGAAAUAAGCAAAGAGCUGGGGGAAGGGGUGGAGCUGACGCUGGGUGAACUGCGCGCGAUGGCGCUCCGACAGCAGCAGCAGAUCGACACGCAGCAUCAGCUGCUCUGCGCCAAGGAGCAGCGCCUGAGGUACCUCAAGCAACAGGAGGCACGGCAGCAUCAGGUUGCGGUGGAAGGCGAGCGACUGCGCAGGCUGCGGGAGCGCGUGGAAGCGCAGGAGCAGAAGCUGCGGCGACUGCGCGCGCUCCGAGGGCAGCUCGACCGCAACAAGCAGGCUAACAUCGCUCUCAACAGUGAUCUCGAGUCGAUCCGCGCGCUGUUCAAUGAGAAGGAGAAGGAGCUGUCGGUGGCGGUGGCCAAGGUGGAGGAGCUGACGCGGCAGCUGGAGGAGCUGAGGCGAGGGCGCGCGCAGCCGCCGCCGCCUGCCGCCCACGAGCUCGACAAGCUGCGACGAGAGCUUAUGUACCGCAACAAGCUGAAUGAGCAGCAGAACGGGCGGCUGUCGGCGCAGCGCGCGGCGCUGGGCGCGCGGCAGGAAGAGAUGCGCAGCAUUGACCGGCGCGUGGCGGAGCUGCAAGCGCGGCUGCUGCGGAAACGAGCUCUCAACCGACAGCUCGCCGCCGCGCACCGCCAGCCUCGACCGCCCCAGCAGCCGCAACACCAGAGAACGAAUAACCCAACGCCAAUGCAGCAGCUGCCGAGCUACCCGGCCGGGGCGGGAGGCGCGGGCGGCGCGGCCGGCCAACCAAAGAACCAGCCGGCGCGCGGCAACGUCGCCGCCGUCGAGCCCUACAACCAUGUGCCCCAUGCCCAGAGCCUUAGCCAUAAUAAUAAUUUCCAGGCUUUGAAGCAAAACGUGAUACAAAAUAACGUGCCAUUAAAACAGCUCACCCAGAGCGAUAACAUACAAAGUCACCUCACGCAGCAAGAAGCUCACUACUUACACCAAAAACAAAUGAUGAACCCUCUGUUCAACGGCGGCUACCCUCAUCCCGCGCCCGGACAGGAUAGUCAGUACCCGUCGCAAGCGCCGUUCCAGGAGAAACAUGAUGCUAACUUUGUCCAACAAGGCAUCGCCAACUACGAUCAGAAGCCGAUGUACGACCUCCUUUUGAAAUACCCAGAAUAUUCAAAACAACCACAAUACAGUCCGAACAGCACCAGUAGUUCAAAUAGCAACCAAACGGGGAAAGAAAUAAAAAUCAACGAACAAGAAUUUCCUCCAGAAUUUGCUGCGAGCAAAUCGGAUCCUAAAUACCAAACGUUACCUUACAACACUAAAUUUCCGCAAGGUAACGGGAAAGUAAAACCUGAAGUGAACGGCAAAGUGGUCGAUGUGCAAGAUGCUAAAAAUCAAAACGCAAAUAUUAAUCAUAUGACCGUCCAUUCCACACCUUUAUCGGUCAUCAACAAAAGCUUGGCCACGCCUCUAAGUCAAACGGAAACGACAUAUCAACAAGAACAUACAUAUCAAUUACAAAAAUCUGACUCUUCUAGUAGGUGUAACCAGGAAGGGAAGGAAAAUCAUGCAUAUCCACAAAACUCUAGGUUAAGUCAGAAUAGUCAAGGCAAUGAAGUUUCAAAAACGAAUUCAAAGAAUCAACAGAGCGUGAAAGGCAGUUCGCCGAUUUCGACCGUCGCCGGCAGUUCCAUAGGAUUCGGGAUCGUUAGGAACACGGCGUCAGGGCUCUCGGGAAGCUCGGCCGCGAACCUGAGCGGUCAGAGCGCGUCCUCGCAAAGCCUCUUGUUGUCGCCGCCGCAGAGCGCGAGCACGCCGCUCGCCACGCCCGACGUCAGCGGGGCCGACAAGUCCCCCAAGCCCGCGCUACCUCCCAAACCCACCAUCAAGACUCCACCGAGACAAUCGGUAAACAAUGACCAAGCUCCGGAGAAUAACAUUCAGUCGCACGGCCAAGAAUCAUCAAAUGACAGCGAGCCCGCGCUAAGCCAAAAGGAAUCAAGUAACGGUAGUAGCGGAAACGAAAUGAUUAUCAAAGCGCGUCCCCUCACCAUCAGGAAACCUCCGCUAAGCGAACAGCCCAAACUGAGAAACCUCAACAAUGCCAAGAAUGGGAUCAGCGUCAGUAUAAACCGACGUAUUGAAAUGCCACCAGCAUUCUUGUUCCCCGAAAUGGAUCAUUUAACAUUAGACACCAACGAAAUGCAGAACGGCGUAAAAGACAAGACGAAAAAGGAUGAGGUCGAUAGAUCUCUCAAUAACAACAUAUCGAUGAGUUCCAAUGAGAGACAAGAAGACAGCAAAGACAACGGUGUGUCGGACAUUGCGGAACAAAUAAGUUCCGUUGAUUUGAACGGUCAGGAUUCUCAGAGAGCUGAGAAUGUGCUGAGGCGGUCAAAGAAAGGCAACCUGAAGCAAGGCGGCAAGGCGCCGCUCGCCCGCCGCGUCAGCUUCGACCCGCUCGCUCUGCUCUUGGACGCCAGUCUGGAAGGAGAAUUAGAAUUGGUUAAGAAAACUGCAACACAGGUGCAAAAUGCAAGCGCUGCCAACGACGAAGGUAUCACUGCUCUCCACAACGCCAUCUGCGCGGGACAUUUCGAGAUAGUCAAGUUCCUGGUGGAGCUGGGCUGCGACGUGAACGCGCAGGACUCCGACGGCUGGACGCCGCUGCACUGCGCCGCCUCCUGCAACAACCUGCCCAUGGUGCGCUUCCUCGUCGAUAAUGGCGCUUGCAUAUUUGCAACAACUCUGUCAGAUCAUGAAACGGCGGCUGAGAAAUGUGAAGAGGACGAAGAGGGUUUCGACGGAUGUUCAGAAUAUCUGUACAGCGUGCAAGAGAAGCUGGGAAUAAUGAACAGCGGCGCGGUGUUCGCGGUGUUCUCGUACGGCGCGGCGCGCGGCGACGAGCUGUCGUUCGAGUGCGGCGCGCGCCUGCACGUGCUGCGCAAGGGCGACGACAGCGAGCGCGAGUGGUGGUGGUGCCGCGACGACGCCGCGCGCGAGGGCUACGUGCCGCGCAACCUGCUCGGGUUAUAUCCAAGAGUAACCAGCCAGCAGGAAUAAA